ACAAAACGGUAGUGGGGCUGGUACCGUUUGGGUUUUUUUUGCAAACAGUAUUAAAGUUGACAACACAAACACCCUGCCAUUGCUUUCCCCUGCAUGCCUUUAGUUAUUUGAACCUUUAGUUAUUUGAGAUUCCCAAAAUGGCUUGCAUAAAACCAGGUGGAUUAGUAAAACAAUAAAACCAGAGCAAUUAAGACCCUACUGUGGGACUUGCUCCAAAGUAAGUAUAGGACUGCAAUUUAAAUGCCUCCCCUUUAAAUCCAGCUUUUAAAAGCAUGGGAAAGCCUGGAGGAUGAAGAAAGUUUCAACUUUUGCCAAGAAGAAAAGGACACAGAAAUGUAACAAAUGCAGCCUGUCAUGAAGGUUUGGUGAUGGAGAGUGCUUUAUGUGUAUAACCAGGGCCGGCUCUACGUAGAGUCCCGGUGGUGCGGGGCGCCAGACCGAUAGGCAGGGUGCUGCGAGGGCGGGGGCGCCGGAGCGAUCUCCGCCCCUCAGCACCAGGGCGCGCAACCUGCUUGAGACUGCCCUUUGUAUAACUGUUGCCAGGGCAUGGAACUGUUAAAAGGCCCAGGAGACCUGCCAGAAAAAGGCUGUAAUCUUAGAACGGCAUGCAGAGUAUAUGGACUAGAAUUACCGGGAGCAUUUUGUAGGAUGCAGGUUGAGAGAGCCAGUACUUGCAGACCAUCAUUGGGUGAAUUUGAAGGAAGCAGCUGUGGAUGGGGCUGGAAUAAGCUAUCAUUGCUUGCAACCCUGUACAUGCCGUCCCAGCGGAAGGUCUGCUGGCAAAAUGCUUCAGAAAAAAUAGACGACUAGAAAGUGCUAACCAAUUCUGAACCAACAACUGUUGUUCUAACUACUUCCUACUUCUGCCUCCUGCUGAUGGAAGGAGUGAAAUUUCAUGCGUAUAAGUGUUUGGUGUGUCUCUCCUGGUCCAAAUUGGUAAUGGCCCAGAACUGAGCCUUGGAACCAGCUCAGAACACCCUGGGCUUGCCUUGCAUUCUAUAAGUUGAGCCCCAUAUCCAUUUCUCGUUAGUAUUCACUUCUGAUCUGAUGAAAAGUGGCUUCAGAGCACAACAGCCUCUCUUAUCACUUUCCUACUUCUACAGUCAGUAGCUUCUCCAAUUUUUGUGUAUUGUACUUCCUCUGGGGUGUAUGGAGUGUUAGGGGAGGGAUAGUACUUCUGCUGGGGGACAGGUCCUACUACUUCUGGGGUAGUUUGUCCACCUUUGGUCCCCACCCUGCACUCAGCUCUCACCUGCAGCUCCCAGAAGCUGUCAGAAUGCAACAAUGGCCACACCCCAGGAACAGCUUCAACUGGCCGGCUAAACCAGGUGAGGAUAGUCGAUGGGUUUCAAGCCCUCCUCCAUCCAGAGAAGCAAGAGUCUUUAUUGGAGUUCAAGGACAUAUUCCAGCCAGGCAAAAACGCUCCAGGGGAGAUCCAGGGCCACUGAGGGGUGUGGCCAAGGAAGAAUUUUAGGGGUAAGGUAAAGAAGCCUGGGGGAGGGGCCUGCAUUCAGCCCCUGUGCCUAAGAUUCCCCACCCUGCUCAUGUGGUAUGUUGUUUCUGCUUUUGCUCUCCAACCACUACUAUUUUGCAACUGGCUCCAACUGGUGGACUUCAGGGUUUUGUUUUAUUUAUUUUUAUUUUUUAAAGGUCCUGCAAGCCUGAAGGUUACCACCCCUGAGCUAAAACACACUGCACAGAGAGAGAGAGAGAGUGAAUUUCAUAUCUUACCUCCCUUGGAAGUUGAGAAAGAGUUUCAGUAGCAAGGGAAUGUGAAUCAGCAGGUUUUAGGGUUUUACGUAUCUAAAUCAUUGCAUUUUGAAUAAUAUUUUGCUAUGUGUUUCAUUUAUUUGUGAUGCAUGUGUUUUUAGUAUUGCUUUGCUAAAUUGCACCAUUGUGGGAAUUUGAUACAAGAAGAAUUGACAAAAGAAAUAUGGGAUGAGCAAAGCAGAGAUCACUUUUCAUUGUUUUUCUCAGGCAAGAGCAAUUAUAUAAUUACACCUGCCUUGAGCAGUCACAGGAGAGGAUAAAUCAAAACUGUCACUAUAUUUGUUUGCUGUUGUACAAAAUUAAAAAGCCUUUUUGAAACUGGAAACACUUUAAUGCCGCAACUGAAAUUUCCCUGUGGGCUUCACAGACUAUGCAUAUCAGAUGAUCAGACUGUAGGCUAAUAAUAUCUCACUUUUUGUACAAUGUACUCUUCUCUGAUGCUAGCAAUGGAAACUCUACCUCCAGGCUGGUCAUUGCUUCUUGGUCAUUUGCUCUUUAUUGCAUGACACCCCCGGUGGGCACUGGGAAUCCCAAUUACUAACCUGGCUACCCAUGUGAUAGUGGCAUUGCUCUGAUGCAUUUUAGCAUGGUCUUCCGUGGAAGCACUGGUGUGUUGUCUCAUCAUGGGAACGGGGAACCCCAAUUAGUAACAUGGCUGCCCAUGUGAUAAUGGCAUUGCUCUGACACAUUUCAGCAUGGCCUUCCAGAGGUACUUUCCAUAAUUGCCCUAGGAAAUAUUAUUAGUAUUUUCUUCCUCUUCACAGAUAUGCCCAUUCCUUGAAGUCAUGCAAUGCAAUCCUGUGUAUGUUUAUGCAAAAUUUGGUUUAUUCCCAUUGAGUUUAGUGGCACUUCCUCCCUGGUAAGUGUUUUUGGAUUGUAGCCUAAGUUACUAUUUUUUCAUUUAUGCUAAUAGUACAUUAUGAUUUUAAAUUGUUUUGUGCAUGACUUCUCACCCUCAACCCUGUGUCGCUAAAGAUACCAUCUUCCCUAUAAUGUCCCAGUUCCUCAGUCAUUCCUACAUCAAUAUAAUAUAUUUCAGUUGCGUCUCUUAUGGUAUAAAUUAAUCACCUAGGUAUUAAUAACGGAUGAUGACACUUGGUGUAACAGUAGUGGUUAGAGGGUAUUCUGAUUUGUCAUACUGAAUUUGAGAUGCUGUGAGCUGUUUGAAAUGCGUGUAUGGUGAAACAGCCAAUGAGAUAACUUUGGAUUAUUUAUAGAACCACAGAUGGAUUUUAAAGCUUCAAUUCACUCUGCAGAUAUUAGACAGAAUUGUCUCUUUGAGGAACCAACUUAUCACCAUUGGCAGCUUGUAUUACUUACUGACCAAAAACAUCUUGGAGCACUUUUUCCUUUGUAAUUCCAAAAAAGAUGGCUGAGAAACAGAUUAGGUAUGUGUCCUUCCCAAGUUUUUAGAAAUAUAGUGAGCCUCAAUGCAGGCGUUGGAGAAACAGUGCAAUUGAUUUACAGAAUGAACAUGACAACAAAUGCUGCAAAAUGAAUUUGCCCGCUAAACUUAUUAAUGGAGGAGCUGCAGGGAUCAUUGGCGUUACUUGUAUAUUUCCAAUUGACCUGGUUAAAACCAGGCUACAGAAUCAGAGAAGUGGACAGCAAGUCUACAAAAGCAUGUUGGAUUGUCUAAUGAAAACACUGCGUUCAGAAGGCUAUUUUGGAAUGUACAGAGGUGCAGCAGUGAAUCUGACCCUUGUAACACCCGAGAAGGCUAUCAAACUGGCUGCUAAUGACUAUUUUAGGCACCUUCUUGCCAAGGAUGGGGUAGCCCUUUCUUUAUCUAAGGAGAUGAUGGCCGGUUGUGGUGCUGGAACCUGCCAAGUUAUUAUCACCACUCCAAUGGAGAUGCUGAAAAUCCAACUUCAAGAUGCAGGACGACUAGCAUCUCAGCAGCUUGUGAGCAGAGUUCCUUGUUCAUCUCCUGGAUGCAAGCUUGUAGCUGUCAGCCCUGUUCUAACCAGAGCAUACAAUGUAGGACCAAUUACCUUUCCAAGGAGGAUAUCUGCCACACAGAUAGCAUUCGAGCUUCUGCAUACCCAGGGCAUUAAAGGACUCUACAAGGGUCUUGGAGCCACCUUGCUGAGGGAUGUCCCAUUCUCGGUCAUCUAUUUCCCACUGUUUGCCCAUCUGAACAGAGCAGGACACAAUUCCCUGGAAGAGAAAGCCCCUUUCUUUUGUUCUUUUCUUGCUGGUUGCAUGGCUGGUUCAGUGGCAGCUGUGUCUGUCAAUCCCUGUGAUGUAAUAAAAACUCGCCUUCAGUCAAUGGGCAAGGGAAGAAACGAAGAGAGUUAUAAUGGAAUUAUUGAUUGUGCACGGAAACUUUGGGUGAAGGAGGGUCCCUUAGCCUUCCUUAAAGGGGCUGGUUGCCGAGCCUUGGUCAUUGCACCUCUUUUUGGUAUAGCUCAAGGUAUUUACUUUAUUGGUGUUGGAGAAUUUCUUAUUGAGCUAUACCAGUAUGGAAGACUUUCUCCUUAGACUUCCUCCUUAUUCUUUGGACCUACUGGAAUGAAUCCAGAAGAAUCACCAGACAAGACACAAGAAAACAGUGAAAUUUCAGAUUGAAUUAUCAGUGUUUCUUCUGUCAAAACUUAGACUCAAAGCUAAGUCCACCUGAGCUCCUUAAAUGUUAUCAGGUUUUGGAGCCAGACUGAGUAGGCACGUAGUUCUCUAAUGGUGAUGUGUCUCUUUUUCUUAUGAAGUAAAAAGCCAAGAGUUGUGACACAGUAGGACAGCCAUCUGAAUAUGUAGAAUGCAGCAUACAUUCUGGGAGUUAGAAGACUGAAGCCUCUGGUAAUGGAAUGGCAAUGGCUACUUUUUAUUAAGCCUGGCUAUGGGAGGAUAUAUCAGAAAACCUUUUUUUAUGAGUGGAACAGGAAAAGAAACUUUAAACAAAAUAAUUGGGGGAGGGCACUUGCAAUCGUUCCAAGCAUGGUAAAUUUAUCUGCUGUUAGCGAAGAUUUAAAAAAUGGGAACAAAUUUUGUGAAUUUUUUUAUAUAUCUUUCUUUUAUAACUUAUAACUUUACAUAGAGUAAAGAAUUUGGUUCCUGUGGUGACUGCUAAAUACAGAGCAAUGUAAUACAAUACAAGGGUUAACAGGUGAAGGAAGCAAGAUAGGCUAUCGACCUAAAGGUUUUCAGAAAUGCUCUCUGGAACCUAGUUAUAGGGACUAGCGAUCUCUAUAAGCUACAUGUUGUGCAAAUAAACUGCUAAGCAGUUUUUCUUGGGCUGCUGCAGCUAUGUUUUUGUGAAGCUAUAUUGUAGGUUUUACUGUUCAUAAUUAACUACAAAAUUUCUCUAUCAAAGGUGUGUGUUUUUCUAAUGAAUUAUAAGAUGGUCUCUAGACAUACCAUGAAUAAUGUGUUGGCAGUGCAAGAAUGAUCAUUUUUCUUUGCUCUUAUCCUGGCACAAUAAAAUGGUUCAGACCA